GCGGAGCCGCCGCCCGGCGGGGCAGCGGAGGCGCCGGGCGGAGCGGGCGGCGGGGCGGCCCCGCAGCGGGUAAACACGGAGGCUGAGCGCCGGCAAGCCCGCGGCCCCUCAGGUUAAGAGGGGCGGAGGUCAGAGGAGACUCCUCCACCUUUGUAUCCUGGGUCUGUCGGCGGGCUGUGCCUCUUUCCUCCCCCAUAGGAAUGCCUGUUGGGUAAGGCUCGAACACCGAGUGCUCCCUCAGGGGAUUCAGAGAACCAGCCACUGUUUGCGGUUGUGCUUUUGGUCGGCUCCCUCUGUAAGUGAUACAGGAUGCUGUUUCCUUCGGUGUUGUGUGCAGUGAUGCUGAUAGGGAGCUGUAAAGUUCAAGAAGAUGAGUGGAUUGACCCCACGGAUAUGCUCAAUUAUGAUGCAGCAUCAGGAACAAUGAGAAGACCUUAUAAGCCAAACUAUCAUGACUCUGAGGAAGAGGCUGUGGAUACAGUCAGUACUGAAAUCUCACGUUGUUCCAGGGUAAUAGAUUCCUUGCAACACAAGAUUGCAGAGUGUGAGAAGAGGAUUGCCAAAUCACAGGAGAGCCGUAGCUUUUAUAUUUUUAAGCGAUUCUUGAAUAAAAUUUUAAAUGAAGCUGGAAAACUUGGCCUUCCUGGGGAAGACGUGGGCCAUGUGCAUUACGAUGCUGAGAUCAUUCUGACAAGACAGACGUAUUUGGAGAUGCUCAGGUUUGUCAGUGAGGAAGCCUGGCAGCCAGGGGCCCUGGAUGAGGCACUGAGUGAUAUUUUGAUCAAUUUUAAGCACCAUGAUGAUGAAGCUUGGAGGUGGAGAUUUGAAGACACCUUUGGAAUUCAUCUCUAUCAUUUGUUUUGGCUGCUCUUGUGCUUCGUGUGCAUUGUAGUUGUAAUGGCUACAGAACUGCGGACGUAUGUUUCUCGCUUUGUUCAGCUGAAAUAUGUUUUAUUUCUGACUUUCCUUGUCAGUUUUGUGUGGAAUUGGUUUUACUUGUAUACGCUGGCCUUCGCUCAGCACCAGGCAGAGAUGGCCAAGAUGGGGCAGUUCGACAAGGUCUGUGCCGAGAAGCUGGAGUGGUAUGGAAGUCUCAUGGAAUGGCUUAGAAGCACAUGGACGUUUCAGGAUGAUCCCUGUAAGAAAUAUUAUGAAAUUCUGCUUGUAAAUCCUGUCUAUAUGGUUCCACCAUCAAAGGCCUUGGCAGUAACUUUCACCAACUUUGUAACUGAGCCUUUGAAGGACAUAGGACAAGGUAUUGGUGAAUUCAUCAAGGCGCUUAUGAAGGAGAUACCGUUAAUUCUGCAGGUUCCAGUGCUCAUUACGAUGGCUCUGGGUGUCCUGACUUUUUGCUAUGGUGCAGGAUCAUCAGUGUCUGCAUUAAGACACUUAAGGUCUUCUCAGAAGAAGAGUCUUCCUCUGCCUGCUAGGGAGCAGGAGCAAAUAGCCUUUGGGCAGUACGAUGGGAGGACAGCAGACGAGUACUACGUGCAGCAGCAGCCGUAUGUCCUCAGAGGCCACCAGGACAGAGGGGACGGCGCCACCAGGCCUCUCCCCAGGCUGAGAGUGGGCAAUAGCAGCAGGAGCCCGGACACGGCACAAGGCAGCGACCAGCCGGAUGCACAGAACAGGUUGCACACUGAAUCUGAAGUUCAUAGAUUUGAAACUCUCAAAGCUGAAAACCUUACGGCAGAUGCACUUGAGCAGCAAAAACAGGAGACAGGCAAAGUAGAGGGAGAGACUGGAGAAAACUGUGACCCUAAUAAAAACGUAGAACGGAAAAGUUCCACCGUGGAACCGUGCGAAGAGAAGAAAGACGGUGUUUUACAUGACUCCAGGAAAGAGACUAAGGAAGAGCCAGGCUCUGCUGUGGAGUAGAGGAUGUUGCCGCUGAAGUGGCUGAGAGUCUGUUCUUCUCCUGGAAGCAGCACCUCUGAUCAUCCAUCCUGUUACUCUGGAAGCGACUCAGCAGAUCAAAGAACCCUUCAUCUGCCAUUGUCUCGCGGCUGCUUUUCUGAAAAAGAGAAAAUUUGGGGUAUUUGACCUUAGAGUGCCUACAGCUGGGGCUACUGCAUCAGAGUUUCAGUCCAGUGAUAUGCUUGAUAUUUUCAUAUCUGAAAUUUAUUAAAUAAAUUUUUUUUAGUCAACCAUUUCUAUAGCCAGAGAUCUAUCCGAGGAGGAGAUGCUAAUGCUAGGGCAGCGUUUUGGAGAGUGAUCUCAUUCUCUGAAAUGGAAAGAAACAGUGCUCUGAUCGUGGUAAAAUAGGAGUUAUUCCUCCUCAGCCAUUAAUCCAACGAAACCCCAAAUGCCCAUGAGAGGAAAAAGAAACAAGACCAGCAAUGAACAGUUGCCAUUGUCUCCUCAGAUCUAUGACCACAUGACUCAGUUCUUUUAUUUUGAACUGACUUCUCUCAAGAGUGUAAUAACCUAAAAAGUAUGUCCAAAAUAUCUCCCAUUGCCCGAAUCAGAAAAACUAGAUUUUGCUAAGUUUGGAGAAGUGGGGUCUAGAAGAGGCUUAGACCUCAGCUUACAAAUAAAUUUUGUUUCUAACUUCAAAAAA